AUGCUUUCCUCUCCUACUGUGAUUCUCCAGCCUUAUGGACUGCCUGUCUACCCGCAGACAGCCUCCUGCUACCCCGGCAUAGUGCAGGGAGGGGCAGCCCAGGAGGCCGGCCCAGGCAGUGGUGACCCCACCCUGCAGCAGGUCUACGCACCUCCUCCCUCCUACCCACCCCCGGGUCAAGGCCCACCCACGUCUGCAGGCCGACUGCCGCCCCUAGAUUUUAGCCCUGUCCAUUCCAGUUCAGAGUACCCAGAGCACCCCCAGCUCAGAGUCUACCAGGGCCCUCAGCAUGAGGGGGCCGACCCUCUGGCCUCCAGUAACACGGAGGAUGCCCUGGCCUCGGUGACCUCAGACCCCCAGUCACUGAGUGUCUCCGUGUCAUCAGGAGGCGCAGCAGGAAAUGGGAGUGAGGACGAAGGGUCAGGUAAGGCCCAACCUAAACGCCUCCAUGUCUCCAACAUCCCUUUCCGCUUCAGAGACCCGGACCUCAGGCAGAUGUUUGGGCAAUUUGGCAAGAUUCUGGAUGUGGAAAUCAUCUUUAAUGAGAGGGGGUCCAAGGGCUUUGGAUUCGUGACCUUCGAGAGUGCCAUGGAGGCCGACCGAGCGAGGGAGAAACUGAACGGCACAAUUGUGGAGGGGAGGAAGAUUGAGGUUAACAACGCCACCGCCAGAGUAGUCACCAAGAAGCCCCAGACCCCACUAGUGAAUGCCACUGGAUGGAAGAUCAACCCCGUCAUGGGCGCCAUGUACGCACCUGAACUCUACACCGUGGCCAGUUUCCCCUACCCUGUAGCGACUCCCACUUUGGCCUAUAGGGGCUCGGCGCUGCGCGGGCGGGGACGGGCCGUUUACAACACGAUCCGUUCUGCAGCUGCAGCCACGCCGGCUGCCGUCCCCGCCUACCCAGGAGUGGUGUACCAGGACGGGUUGUACGGCGCAGAAGUCUACGGUGGAUAUCCUGCGGCCUACAGGAUGGCUCCAUCAGCAUCUGCCGCCACAGCCGCCUACAGUGAUGGAUAUGGACGGGUAUACGCCACCACCACAGACCCCUAUCACCAUUCAGUUGGCCCAACAGCAACAUACGGAGUGGGAACAAUGGCGAGUUUGUACAGAGGAGGCUACAACCGCUUCACCCCUUACUGA